UGUUGAAACGAUAACGAUAGUGGUUGUCUUAUAAAUGGCGACUCAGAGAAAAGCACGCUGUUUCACUUAACCGCGAGAUUUUACGUUGACGAGUUUUGUGUAUAAAAAUUGACUAAAAUGGGGAACGUACUCGCAUCCUCUGUAACUCCUCCGCCUUCGCCGCCACCUCCAACUUCGGGCUUAUUGCCUAGUUUAGAAAAACAGGAUUUAUCUACGGGAUUACAUACGUCUACUAAAGGCCCUGAUAGUUUAGAAAAUCCAGGAACGAUCGAGGAUCUUCAUAAAAAGUGUAAAGAUGUGUUCCCUGUAAAUUUCGAAGGUGCAAAACUAAUGUUCAACGAAAGCCUUAGUAAUCACUUUCAAAUUUCCCAUACAAUAAAUAUGAGUUCCAUCACACAAUCUGGAUACAGGUUUGGCGCAACCUAUGUUGGUACACAGCAGCCAGUACCCACGGAAGCUUAUCCAGUUUUACUGGGAGACAUUGAUCCAAGCGGAAAUUUGAAUGCUAAUAUCAUUCAUCAGUUUGGUCAGAAAUUAAGAGGGAAACUAGCUACUCAAGUACAGAAAAGUAAAUUUACAGCUGUACAAAUGACAACCGAUUAUCGUGGCGAUGCUUACACGUUGUCUCUAACUUUGGGUAAUCCAGAUAUCCUAAAUGGUUCUGGCGUCUUCGUGAUGCAUUAUCUACAGAGUAUAACACCUUCUAUCGCGUUGGGCGGAGAAUUAGCUUAUCAACGGGGUCCUGCCGUACCAGGAGGUCAAGUCGCCGUCUUAUCCGCCGCUGGAAGGUAUACUUGUGAUGAUUCCACGAUCAGCGCUAGUUUAGGUUUGUCCGGGUGUCACCUCUGUUUCCAUCAAAAAGCUAGUCAACAGUUGCAGAUUGGAGUGGAAUUGGAAAUAAAUUCUAGAAUACAGGAAUCCACCGGCACUAUAGCUUAUCAAAUCGAUUUACCAAAGGCCGAUUUAGUAUUUAGAGGGAGUGUAGACACAAAUUGGACAGUGGGUGCUGUCUUAGAGAAGAAAUUGCAGCCGUUACCAUUCUCGUUCGCGUUAAGCGGUAUGAUGAAUCAUGGAAAACAACAAUUUCGGCUGGGCUGCGGUUUGAUAAUCGGUUAAGGCUAGCAUUUAGUUGAAUGUCGGUCGAGUACAUAAUCUAGCCAAGCGACGAGAGGAAGAACAACGGAGAGUAAUUCAACCUCCGUGCAUGCUGAUUAAAGGCACGUUGCAAUCGAUACCGAUGGUACCCAGUCGAUUAUCUUCUUCUCGUUGAUUACCUCGUCUGUUCGCUAUUGUGUUUAUACGACCAUUUUGUUUGUUUAUUUUUUAUUAAAGAUACACCGUACCAACAGGA